GCUGAGCGUCCAAAUUAAAAAGGACCUCCGCAUUUCACUUGAUUAUUCUCCGCUGUCUCCAAUCCGGUUAGUGUAAUAGAAGUGCAAAGGCAACCCGCGCGGCUCUCUUUGUGUCUUGCGCAUUUCUCGCUUGCUUUUUUUGGUUAGAGCCCUGGAAGUAUUGUUUCCCAGCACAAGGACGUAGGGAAGAGAAGAGCGACCUCGACUUUAGUAGACAUGUGCGCGAGACAAGGCUGUCAAUUGAAGACCUUUGUCGGGGUUUUGGUUCUCGUUUCGGCGGCCAUGGUCAAUAUACAUGGACAAGCUCCAAUGGAAAUCAAUGGCAUCAGUAAGAGGACAUUGGAACUAGACAGGGACUCGCCAACGCAGGACACAGAAAGCGAAGUCCACUCUGUCACCACCGCCUCACCCAUGAACAUACCCAACCACCAGCCAGUCCUCAAGGGCAUGCUGCUUCAUGAACAACUCCUUACGAGGGAUUUCCAGGGGGACCAGCGCUUUUUUAGGAGUGAUGGCUCUGUGGCUGCAUAUUCCACCAUGCCAGGCUCAGAUUUAGACCCCGUCACUCAUGUGGUGCCGCACGAGGAUGCCCCAGCCUUCUCAGACAUUGCCACUACUGCCACUGUGGCUGCCACCACCCCACUGACCACUUUUUCUCCCCUGCCUCAAAAGAAGUCCUCUAAGACAACCUGGGCUGAAAAGAUGGAGCCAACAACAGACUCCCUCACAACUUACGUGACACCAAAUAAUAGAGGUUCAGUCACAGACAACCCAGGGGCUUCCUCAUCACGGCAGAGGCCUCAAAGUUCUUCCGUAGAGGCCACCAUUGCACCCUCUUCGAUAAGGAUAGAGAAAGGGGAGGCUAGGGUGACAGCCCUGAAAGACAAAUUGAGGACUGAUCAUCCGCCGCCCAAUCUAACUACACGAGAACAAGGUCCCGCCACCACCAUCAUCACAACCAUCACCACCAUGCAGACAGCAGAGCCAUGCAGCCUGAAUUUCACUGACCCAGAGGGUAACAUCGAAAUCCUGCAGCAACUUGACUCUGGAGUGGAGUGUAACUACCUAGUGACAGUCUACCUUGGAUAUGGCAUCGAGGUUCAGGUGUUAAAUGUCAGUGUGUUGGAGGGGGAGCAGGUGACAGUGGAGGACACUGGUGGCCGAGAACCCUUCAUCCUUGCCAAUGAAUCCGUCUUGAUGAGGGGCCUCGUGCUACGCAGCUGGAGCAACCAAAUCUCCAUCAGAUUUCGUGGUGACCAACAGCGAAACUCUGGGUUACUCCUGCUCCAUUACCAAGCCUUUGUGCUGAGCUGUGCCUUCCCCAAAGAGCCUGCCGGUGGAGAAGUUUCUGUGACGCACCUCCACGCUGGCGGAGAAGCCUACUUCCGCUGUUUCACCGGCUACAAGCUGCUAGGCUCCAAAAUGCUCACCUGUCGUAAUGCAACCACGCCUUACUGGAGUGGAAAGGAGCCCCGAUGUGUGGCAUCCUGUGGGGGCAUGAUAAAAAAUGCCACCUAUGGUCGUAUCGUCUCUCCCGGUUUCCCUGGCAACUACAGCAACAAUCUGACAUGCCACUGGGUCCUUGAGGCCCCUGAAGGCCAGCGGCUACACAUCCACUUUGAGAAGGUGGCACUGGCAGAGGAUGAUGACAGGCUGCUGAUUAAGAAUGGCAACAACAUAGACUCUCCCCCGGUGUACGACUCCUACGAGGUUGAGUAUUUGCCCAAUGAGGGUGUGCUCAGUACCGGACGUUACCUGUUUAUUGAGUUCACCACGGAUGGGACAUUGACCUCCACUGGUGCAGCCGUCAGAUAUGAAGCUUUUGCGAAAGGCAUGUGCUAUGAGCCCUUUGUGAAGUACGGGAACUUCAGCGGCAGCGAUUCCACCUACGGUCUGGGAGCAGUGGUGGAAUUCUCGUGCGACCCCGGCUACACGCUGGAGCAAGGCUCUGUAGUGAUCGAGUGUGUGGACGCACAAAACCCACAGUGGAAUGAGACAGAGCCUGCAUGUCGAGCUGUGUGCAGCGGGGAGAUCACAGAUUCUGCUGGUGUGGUGCUGUCUCCUAAUUGGCCUGAGGCCUACGACAAGGGUCAGGACUGCAUCUGGGGCAUCCACGUGGAAGAGGACAAGAGGAUCAUGCUUGACAUCCAAGUUCUCCAUAUUGGUAAGAAUGACCUUCUGACCUUCUACGAUGGAGACGACCUGACAGCUAACAUCCUGGGCCAAUACAGCGGCACACGGCCACACUUCAAGCUCUAUACCUCCAUGGCUGAUGUCACCAUUCAGUUUCAGUCCGACCCUGCCACCAACAUCUAUGGCUACAACAACGGCUUUGUGGUCCACUUCUUUGAGGUGGCGAGGAACGACACCUGCUCUGAGCUGCCGGAGAUCACCAACGGCUGGAAGAGCACGUCCCACCCUGACCUCAUCCACGGCACCGUCAUAACCUACCAGUGCUACCCUGGGUAUGAGUUGCUAGGCUCCGAGAUCCUCAUGUGCCAGUGGGAUCUGACUUGGAGCGGAGAUGUGCCGAAAUGUCAGGAAGUGAUGACAUGUCAGGACCCAGGGAAUGUGGAGCACAGUCAUAAGGUGAUCUCAGGCAACCGUUUCAUCAUUGGAUCGACAGUGCAGUUCAUCUGUAAUAAAGGCUACAUCUUGUCCGGCAGCAGCCUGCUCACCUGUUACAACCGAGAGUCAGCCGCACCCAAGUGGAACGAGAGGCUGCCCAAGUGCACCCCUGAGAAAUACGAGCCGUGCAGGAACCCUGGCGCGGCCUCCACCAGUGUGCAGAGCUCUGAAAAGGCCUUUUACCAAGCAGGAGAGAUGCUGAGCUUCUCCUGCCACUCUGGCUACGAGCUGCAAGGCCAUGGCACCAUCUACUGCAUCCCCGGACACCCGUCACAGUGGAACAGCACUCCCCCUGCCUGCAGAGCAGCCUCAACCCAAUAUGUGAACGAACGCAGGCUGGAUGUUGUAAAUAUGGAUUACAGCAUGGAUGGGACCAAUAUUGCACUUGCAGUUUUUAUCCCAACUGCAAUCAUCCUGGUGGUUGUUCUCGGGAUUUAUGUCUACUUUGCAAAACUCCAAGGGAAGACUAUCAGAAUGCCGACAUCCCUGCCACCAUACAACAACAUGACCGAAGAGUCAGCUUUCGAGAACCCUGUGUAUGAGAGCGGAGUAAGUACAGAAGACAUGAGCAUGCAAGACGUGGAUUCACAGAACACCAGUGUGCUGUCCUGAUCCUGUCUCAUCUGGCUUUCAUCGUGUCUUCAUCUCAUGGUUCACCAGCAGAGGGCACCCUCCACCUUGUCCUUCAUCAUCAUCAUUAAAAACUUCACCCUAUUUUGUUGUUUUGCAUCUUGGAUUUCCAUAUAUCAUCCACUUACACACACAGCAAACCUGGAGUGCAUCAUUCACAUGGUAUUUCAUAUCCUACCCAUCAUAUAAAGUGUUCUAUGUGUUAUUAUGUAAAGGUGUGUACAUUUGCUAGUCUGAACACAUGAUGUAUUUAAUAUUUCUCAUAAAAACAACAAUGUGUUACUUUUAUCAUAUGUUUAAUGAACUAUUGUUGCCCGUUUUGAUGGUUAUUAUAAGUAUUAAAUUGUGGGAUAAUUGGAUAUAUGAAUGAAAGUUAUCUUUCGUUUUGUUAUUUUUUUUUACGUGUGGUCUCAAUUGCAUCCUCUUGUCUUUUUCCCACGAUCUUCAGCACUGGCAGUCUCAUGCUAGAUACUAAACCCAGUUUGUUCACUUUGGCCGCACUUCUGAAGAACUUUGAGGUGAGAUCACCCUCUGAUGUUAACACCUCAUCUCAUUCAAUGUCAUCUUACCCUUCCAUCAUGUAGUUUGUAAUACCUUUAAUAACCUGCCACACAUUCCUAUGUGGUUUCACUGCAGAGCUUCAAAUGGCAUUUGUACACAUAGUUUUCUUCAAAAUCAACCAAUCACCCUGCUAUAAACACAUUAUUUUGGUAAGAAUGUAAUGCAGUCGGAUGGAUGGAUGGAUAAAAGAUUUGAAAGAGUUUUAAAAAUGGAUAAAAACUCUUAACAUUAUGUGUCUGACCUUUUUUUUUAUUUCAGUUGAAUUUACCCUACCUUUUCCCCCCAUUGCAUCUCUGUCACUCUACAUUGCAAUAAAGAUAAGGUUGUGUUAUCCUGACACGAUAACAAUUAUGUAUGAUUGUGAUUUUUUCAACAUUAUAAAUUGUGCACUAUUCGAAUUUCUUGAAUUCUUUGGCCUGAAGAACUAGGUUACCACCCAUCAAAACAUUGGCUUUCUACAUAUAUAUUUGGAAUUGUCAUCUAUUGUAUGUAUAACAUUUAUCCUGGGAUCCAUCUAAAUUGAGACCUUUGUCAAAGGUUAUUCCUAUACAGUAUAAAGGUUAAAUGAAUGUUGUUACUGUACCUAGAAUUAAAUUGAAUGUCACAGACAGUAUUGAUUAGGUGCAUCCUGCUUUAAAGUAUAAAAGAGCACUUUACUUUAGGGUAUAUAAUAUUAUAUUUUUAAUAAGCUUAUUGCUUAAAACAGGACUGAUUAAAUAAAAUUGCAACAAACAAUUAUUUUUAGGAAAAACAGUGGCAAAAAGUGUAGUCAAAACAGGACCAGAUACAUACUUCUGUGCACCAUAACAUAUCGCACAAUUUAUCUUGUCACAAUAUCAGAAUUUCUUCAAGUUCAUUCUUCUUUUUUUCUUCUUUAAGUUCAUUCUUGUUCAAGUGUGCAAGAAAAUUCUGAAACAGUAUUUAAUUUAUUGUAAAUUGCCAGCGCUUCAGAGUUGUGUUUUUAUCUGAACAUGUUGAAUGGCAUGUAUGUCAAAUAAGAAGGAGAUGAUUGAAAGUAGAGAAGUAAGUUGGUGUUCUUAUUUAUUUCUGAAUCACAAUGUGUAAAACUGUAUCAUGCUGUCUCCUUUUUUAACUGAUGAAUGUGUCUGGUCUUACAGGGCAAAUUAAAAAAGAACAAAAAGGUGUCCAUUUAGAGACCUUGAAGAAAGAAUUGCUCAAGCUUUGCCUUUUGGGACCCUCUCUGCACUGCUCAUCUUUUUUCCGCCUACCUUUUUGUUCCAAAAUGAUUUAUUUCCAUUUUUCCCUUUUGUGUGUACUACUGUAAAUAUGUCUCUAUGUCCACGGUCUAAUCUGUGAAUCUGUGAAACACCAUGGUGAUAUUUUUAUAAAGUAAAAAGGUGACGACCGUUGGUGAUUGUAUGUUUUUUGAGAACUUUUUUGACGCCCUAAUGCAGUAACAAUUAGAGACUGAGGGGAAACAAUGCGUUGAUUGUUGAGAUCUGUUGGAUUCCAAUUCCCAAUUAUCCAAAUUCUUUGAAAAUUUGACAUCAUUACUUUAUUUUCUUCGUGUGUAUGGGUCUGCUAUUUGUAAAUAAACUGCCUGUCCAAUACGAGUGCCUCACGACUGACUAUAACCUGAAAAUCACGUGUGAAAAUGUUUGUAAAAAAAUUGAUAUUUUUUGUUUAACUGUUAUUUUGUAUUUGUAGGCCUGACCUUCUUAGCACACCAUGCUAUACUCAGUCUUUUCCAUAAUGCAGUGUCACUUCUACAAAACAACAAGAAAUGAUGCCGGAUAUUAUCCUAUAUGAGCUGAUGUGUUGUUCCAACUGCAGUCAUCCUCAGAGGAUUUCUCAUCAGCUAUGCAUUACUUGUUUUAUGUAGAACUGUAGAGUCUGCCUCAAAAGAUAAGUAGCAAUUUGUCCAUUUGUGUGUGUUCCAAAAUGUGGUUGCAUCUCAGCGUUUAUGGAGAUGAAUGCAAAUGUUGGGAUAACAUAAAGAAACGGAAGGCUUACUGAUGCAGGCAACAUCAGAUUGAAUCCUGCGUUGUAACCUAACAAUUAAAGUUCAGUGCACAAAAUAGAUCUCCAUGUAACAGGGUUUUUACUGUGGUUCACAUUGCGGUGAUGCAUCGGUUUGGGUUCAACUCGUAGAUAAACCUCACAACAAAAUCUUAUCUUUCAGCAUCACAGUUUGUGCAACCACACCCAGGAAACCAAAUGACCUACAAAUAAAUAUCUAUAAUCCUCUGAUUAAUAAUAAAAUAAAUUGUUGUUUAAAGUA